UUUCUCCUCCACUCGAAUUUUCAGCUUGUUUUAUCAAACUAAUAAUAGUUUAUUGGAAAAGGGACGAUCAUAUAGUCAUACAUAAAAAAAUAGAGAGGAGCAGAGCAGCCAUCUCACAUUUUUCAUCAAGUGAAAAGAUCCUGAGCAUUUGAAAGGAAGAGAAGAAGGGAAAAGUUACUUCAACAUUGAAAACUUACAGUCAUGGAAAGAGGACAAGAAAAUGAAGGAGCAAGAGAGAAAAGGGGAAGCGAACAAGUUAGAGGUGUCAUUUUCUGAUCUUCACAAGGAUAUUGUCAAUGUUCUGGAUUUCAUGGAGAUGGAGAGGUUAAAGCCUGAGGAAAAUCAAAAAGGUCUUGACGUGGAUCAAGUUGAAAAGCUGAAAUUGGAGCUGGCAUUUAUUUGUACAUAUCUCCAGCUUUCUUGUUCCGAUUUGGAGCAGUUUAAAGAUAUUAUGACUGCCAAAAGACAAGAGGUUGAAAAUCUGCUUCAAUCAAUUGUGGAUGAUGUUGACAACAACAUCGGGCGUAAAUACAACAUGCAUCAUGUCAUUUCUAGCCUCACCAACAAUAUGGAUGGCUGUAUCAGCUCACAUCAUUGUUCUAAAUCAAGUGCCACCAUGGCCAAGGAUCAGUUAAACUUCCUCCUCCCGAAUCUCCAUCAUCUAUUGAAGUAUCGUGCUGAACAUAUUUAUCCGUUAGUGACUGAAUAUGAGAUUCUUCAGAAUGUAUGUCGCAACAUAAGAGAUUUUCAUGGGUUGAUAGUGAAUGGUUGUGUUGAAAGUGAGAUUGUUGAAUAUGUCUUGCCUCAGAUACAACAUAUGGCUGAGAGAACAGGACAUUUCCUUUGGAAUGAUCAAAUUGAUGGAAAUUCUCAUCUCUUCAAGCUAGCUCAUCUAUUUUUGAAGAUUAUUCCAAUUGAACUGGAGGUGAUGCACAUAUGUCUUACAAAUUUGAAAGCUUCAACGUCAACGGAAGUUGAACAUUUCGUUGAGCAGCUCUUGGAAACCUCUCCGGACAUUCUUAGAGAAUUCCUAUUUCUUCUACAAGAGCACAUGGUAAAUGCUGUUAUCCCUAGCCCUUCAGGGGCUCGAAACAUUAAUGUGAUGAUGGAGUUCCUAUUGAUUAUUCUUACUGAUAUGCCCAAGGACUUUAUUAAACAUGACAAAUCAUUUGAUCUUUUGGCACGUGUUGUAGCACUUACCAGGAAGGUUUCAACUGUUGUUCGCGACUUAGAAGAGAAAUCAAGAAAUAAAGAGAGUACCGAUGAAACAAACCGUGCAACUCUAGACUUUCUAAAAAAUAUUGAACCCCUGAAGGGAGAUCUCAAACAUGCUUAUUUGAAAGCUCCGGACUCAUCUCAAUGUUGCUUCCCCAUGAGUGAUGGACCGCUCUUCAUGCAUUUGCUACAGAGACACUUAAAUGAUUUGCUAGAUUCCAAUGCUUAUUCAGUUGCUUUGAUAAAGAAAGAAAUUGGAGUGCUGAAAGAAGACCUAGAAUACAUAAGAUCUUUCUUCAUGAAUGCUGAGCAGGUUUUAUAUAAAGAUCUCUGGGAACGUGUUCUAGAUGUGGCAUAUGAGGCCAAAGAUGUCAUUGAAUCAAUUAUUGUAAGAGAUAAUGGUCUCUUACAUCUUAUUUUCUCACUUCCCAAUGUCAUAGACAAGAAUAAGCUUAUCAAAGAAGAGGUCUCCAAUUUACAUGAGAAGAUUCCCAAGCCGAGGAGCCUUAUUGUUGCAAACUCUCCCAACAAGCCAAUUGAAAGAAAGUCACUGACAGCUGAUAAAAUAAUUGUAGGUUUCGAGGAAGAGACCGACUGGAUAAUUAGGAAGCUCACCAGUCGACCGGCAGAUCUAGAUGUCAUUUCGAUCACUGGUAUGCCGGGUUCGGGUAAAACUACUUUGGCGUACAAAGUAUACAAUCAUGAAUCAGUUUCUAGUCAUUUCGACAUUCGCGCAUGGUGCACAGUUGACCAAGAAUGUGACGAGAAGAAGGUGUUGGAGAAAAUUUUUAAUCAAGUCACUGGCUCGGAUGAGAUUUGUGAUGUUGCUGAUAAGCUGCGGAAACAUCUGUUUGGAAAGAGGUACCUUAUAGUCUUAGAUGACAUAUGGGAUACUGACUCAUGGGAUGAGUUAACAAGACCUUUUCCUGAAGGUGAGAAAGGAAGUAGAAUUAUUUUGACGACUCGAGAAAAGAAAGUGGCUUUGCAUGGAAAACGCAACAGUGAUCCUCUUAACCUUCGAUUGCUAAGACCAGAAGAAAGUUGGGAAUUAUUAAAGAAAAGGGCAUUUGGAAAAGAUAGUUGCCCUGGUGAACUAUUGGAUGUUGGAAAAGAAAUAGCCCAAGAUUGUAAAGGGCUUCCUUUGGUGGUGGAUCUGAUUGCGGGAGUCAUAGAAAGGAAGGAAAAGAAAAAAGCUGUGUGGGUUGAAGUUCAAAAUAAUUUGAGUUCCCUUAUUUUCAACAAUGAAGUGGAAGUGAAGAAGGUUAUAGAAUUAAGUUAUGACCAUUUACCAGAUUUCUUAAAGCCGUGCUUGCUUUACCUUGCAAGUUGGCAUAAGGACGCAGAAUAUCACGUGCGUCAGUUGCAUAUGUUAUGGCGUGCCGAAGGACUUAUGGAACAGACAAAGAUGAAGAGUCUGGAAGAAGUGAUGGAGGCUUAUUUGAAUAAUUUAAUUUCCAGUAGCUUGGUAAUUUUUUUCAAUGAGCUAGGUAAAGAGCCGUUUUGCCAACUUCAUGAUCUUGUGCAUGACUUUUGUUUGAUAAAAGCAAAAGAGGAAAAGUUGUUUGACCGGAUCAGUUCAAGUGCUCCAUCAUCUUCUUCAGAUUUGAUGCCACGUAAAUUGACCAUUGAUUAUGAUAAGAAGCUGUUUGGGAUUGACAAUUUUGUCCUGUUCAGUUCAAAAAAGAAAAGGCACUCUUGUAAACACCUCUAUUCUUUGAACAUAAUAGGCGGCCGUCUUUCUGAUAUAUGUCACCUAAGACACUUGAGGCUUCUUAGAGUGUUGGACCUUUAUAGCUCUUUUAUAAAGGUGAAUGAUUCUUUGCUGAAUGAAAUAUGCAUGUUGAAUCAUUUGAGGUGCUUAAGAGUUCAGACAGAAGUUAAAUCUCUGCCUGCAUCUUUUUCAAACCUCUGGAAUCUGGAAACUCUGAUUGUGGAAAAUGAAGGACCACCCUUGGUACUACUACCGACAAUUUGGAAUCUUGUAAAGUUGCGAGUGUUGAACAUAGAUCCUAGUUCAUUCUUUGAUUUGGAUACAGAUGAACCAAUACUGUUAGCAGAGGAUUCAAAGUUAGAGAACUUGAGAAUACUACACCAUCCCAAGCUUUCCUAUUCAAAAGAAACAGAGGAUAUUUUCAAAAGGUUUCCCAAUCUUCAACGGCUAACAUUUGCUCUCAAGGAAUCAUGGGAUUGUUCAACAGAGCAAUAUUGGUUCCCAAAAUUGGAUUUCCUAAUUGAACUAGAUUACCUGGGGGUAAAAUUUGAAAGUUCAAACAGAAAUGACAGUGGGCCCUCUGUAGCAACAAAUGGGCCGUGGGAUUUUCACUUUCCUUCGAAUUUGAAAAAACUAUUGUUGUCGAAAUUUCCUCUGACGUCCGAUUCACUAUCAACAAUAGCGAGACUGCCCAACCUUGAAGAGCUGUUCCUUUGUGACACAAUCAUCCAGGGUGAAGAAUGGAACAUGGGGGAGGAAGACACCUUUGAGAAACUCAAAUUUUUGUUGUUGAGCGAAGUGAUUCUUGCUAAGUGGGAGGUUGGAGAGGAAUCCUUUCCAAUUCUUGAGAAAUUAGAACUGUGGGAAUGCCAUAAGCUUGAGGAGAUUCCGCCUAGUUUCGGGGAUAUUUGUUCAUUGAAAAUUAUCAAACUUAUAAAGAACCCUCAGCUUGAAGAUUCUGCUCUGAAGAUUAAGGAAUAUUUUGAAGAUAUGAUGGGAGGGAACGAGCUUCAGGUCCUUGGCUCGUAUAAUAUCCCGUUAUUUAAGUAGAUUUGAA